AUGGAAUAUGGCGUCAUAGAUAGCAGUGGUACUGAUGAUGAUGAUUCCCAAGUACCAGUAUACACUAGAGUCCCAUUAGGCAGUCGUGUAGCGGGUAACGGAAGAUCAUUUGUAGCCUCAGCCCCAUAUCAAAGGAUGCAAAUCGAUAUGGAAUUGGAAAUCCACAAUCUGGAGCAGAUAGCAUACUGCGCAGUUCUCCGGGCUUUUAAAGCACAAUCGGAUGCACUCACAUGGGAAAAAGAAGGUCUCAUAACAGAACUCCGGAAGGAACUAAGAGUCUCAGAUGAUGAGCACCGUGAACUACUUACUGAGGUCAAUGCUGAUGACCUCAUUCGCAGGAUCAGGGAGUGGAGAGAGGCAGGAGGGAGCCGAAAUGUGGCCGCCAAUGGUGUUAACAAUCUGCUACAGAGCCCAACAGUUUCUGCAUCUCGCAAAAGACAGAAGGCUCCCCUAUCAGGAAAUCCAUUUGGCACACCGUCUCAACCUUUGCACACACAGACGAUGACUACUUCAGCUUCUAAACGGGGGCCUAUUCAAGGGAUUGGAGGGCGAAGGACUAAUGCUCCAUCGUUCGCCCCAGCAAAACCUGUGCAAUAUCAGUUUACUGAUCAUAUUUCUUCUGGGGCUCCUGUGGAUGACCCUUCUGAAAGCGUGCGUGACUCGUUAGUUGGCCGGAAGGUGAUGAUAAGAUGGCCUGCAGACAAUAACUUCUAUGAGGCUCUCAUAACUGAAUACAAUCCAAUUGAUGGCCGACAUUCUUUGGUUUACGAUAGCAAUACUCCUAAUGCCACAUUGGAAUGGGUUAAUAUCAAAGAGGUUCCACCAGAGGAUAUCCGGUGGGUGGGUGACGAUCCUAUUGCAUCCCGCUUAAGUGAGAUGGGUGGGCCUAACUCUGGGAGAGGGAGAUUGUCCUCAAUGAACCCAUUUCCCAAGGAGAUCAGGCCUCCAGUGAACGAUGCCAUAAGGGACGAUUAUGAGGAAAUUGAAAUAUUGCAUACUGAAACCUUGAUAAAAAAGGUAGAGAAGGUGCUUGAUGCAACCCAUCCUGAUCUAUCAGAGAUUCACAAGGCUAAGAAGAUGCUUAAGGAACACGAACAAACACUUAUUCAAGUGAUCGAGAAGCUUGCGGCUGUAUGUGACAGUGAUGAUGAUCGUCCAUCCGUGCAAGAAUAUUCUGGUGGCAGACCACGUAAUGUUGACUACCGUAAUCCGAGCCACGAGCCUGAUAGUGCUGGCAGGAUUACUGGCUGA